AGCAGGGGCGGGACCUUUCGCGCGGAGCUGUCUCUUUAAAGCGGGCUGUCCCUGUGAUCCAAUCGAGCGCUCUGGCACCGCCCUCCUCUGCGCUCACUGUGCCAACGGGACAUUACUAUUACGCACGCUUAUCUGACAGAUCCACCGCUGUUUCACGGGAGCGAUGGCUGCGGUGGGACAGGGCCCUGCGGCGGCUCCGUGCGUCACUAAAGUGUCUCUGAGCGUCUCGUGUGAAAACCUGAUGGACAUGGACGCCUUCUCCAAGUCUGACCCGCUGUGUGUGCUCUACGUCAGCACGUCGGGCGCUCAGUGGUGCGAGAUCGGCCGAACAGAGAAAAUCAUGAACUGUCUGAACCCGAAGUUCUCCAGAAGCUUCAUGGUGGAUUAUUACUUUGAGAUGGUGCAGAAGCUGAAGUUUGAGGUUUACGAUAUCGACAGUGAAAACUCCAGUCUGGUGGACGCAGACUACCUGGGGCAGCUGGAGUGCACACUGGGGCAGAUCGUAUCCUCCAGAAAAUUCACAAAACCGUUGUUGCUAAGAGACAAGAGGCCUGCAGGAAGAGGGACCAUCACAAUCUGUGCGGAGGAAAGAACAGACAACCGCGUGGUAGACUUUGAGAUAUCAGCAAGAAAUCUGGAUAAAAAGGAUUUCUUUGGUAAAUCAGACCCUUUCCUGGAGUUUUACAGAGAGACUGAAACCGGGUGGCAGCUGUGUCACAGGACAGAGGUGAUCAAAUGCAACCUUAAUCCAGUGUGGAGGCCUUUCAGAGUUUCACUACAAUCACUAUGUAACUGUGAUGUGGAAAAAUCUAUCAAGAUCGAUUGUUACGACUACAAUAACAGCGGGUCACAUGACUUUAUAGGGUCAUUGCAAGCCUCUGUCAGCCAAAUACAGCAGGCUUCACAAACAUAUGCGGCUGAGUUUGAAUGCAUCAACAGUAAGAAGAAACAAAAGAAGAAAGGAUACAAAAACUCUGGUGUCAUCGUUAUUAAAAAAUGCAAGAUUAUAAAAGAGUACACAUUCUUGGAUUACAUAAUGGGCGGCUGUCAACUCAACUUCACUAUCGCCAUAGACUUCACAGGCUCCAAUGGAGACCCCAGGACGCCCCAGUCUCUGCACUACAUAAACCCCCAGGGCUAUAACGAGUAUCUGGCAGCGAUUUGGGCCGUGGGCAACGUCAUCCAGGACUACGACAGUGACAAGAUGUUCCCUGCUUUUGGUUUUGGAGCCAUGAUCCCUCCAACGUGGCAGGUCUCUCAUGAGUUUCCCAUCAACUUUAACCCCUCAAACCCAUUUUGUGCAGGUGUGGAGGGAGUGGUCCAGGCGUAUCAGCAGUGCCUCCCUCAGGUCAAACUUUACGGACCCACAAACUUCUCUCCGAUCAUCAACCACGUCGCUCAGUUUGGACGACAGGCCAUGCAGCAGCAGACAGCAUUGCAAUACUUUGUUCUCCUCAUCAUCACUGAUGGGGUGAUCACGGACAUGGACCAGACACGCACCGCCAUCGUGAACGCCUCUCGUCUGCCCAUGUCCAUCAUCAUCGUGGGAGUGGGCGGAGCCGACUUCAGCGCCAUGGAGUUCCUCGACGGAGACGACGGGAUUUUACGCUCCGCAUCGGGAGAACCGGCCAUGAGGGACAUCGUGCAGUUUGUGCCCUUCAGACAGUUUCAGAAUGGUCCUCCUGAAAUGUUGGCUCAGAGCGUUUUGGCAGAAGUACCAGGACAAGUCACAAGUUUCUUCAGUGCGAUGAGUCUGAGGCCCCCAAACAGCAGCGACGCACCAGCCGACCCUCUGACGGACCAGAGUCUGUCUGCUUAAACUAACAUCCUACACAAAAGAUCACACAAUGGCUCUGGAAUGUGGGAGAUUAGGACUAGACUGGGACUGGAACAGGACUCGGACUAGACCACAGCAGGACUAGACCAGGGGUAGGCCAGGAGUAAAGCAAAACUAAAUCAGAACUACACCAGGACUACACCAGGACCACAUCAUCACUACAUCAGGACUACAUCAGGAUUACAUCAGGACUAUGUCAGGACUACACCAGGACUACACCAGGACUACAUCAGGACUACGUCAGGACUACACCAGGACUACACCAGAACUAUAUCAGGACUACACCAGGACUACAUCAGGACUACGUCAGGACUACACCAGGACUACACCAGAACUACACCAGGACUACACCAGGACUACACCAGAACUAUAUCAGGACUACACCAGGACUACACCAGGACUACACCAGGACUACACCAGGACCACAUCAGGACUACAUCAGGACUACACCAGGACCACAUCAGGACUACACCAGGACCACACCAGGACUACAUCAGGACUACAUCAAGACCACACCAGGAUUAUAUCAGGACUACAAAAGGACCACUCCAGGACCACUCUAGGACCACUCCAGGACUACAUCAGGACUCUAUCAGGACUCUGUCAGGUCUAAAUCAGGACUAAAUCGGGACUACACCAGGACUACACCAAGACUAUAUCAGAACUACACCAGGACUACACUGGAAAUACACCGGGACUAGAUCAGGACUACACCAGGACUACACCAAGACUAUAUCAGAACUACACCAGGACUACACCGGAAAUACACCGGGACUAGAUCAGGACUACACCAGGACUACAUCAGGACUACCCCAGGACUGUAUUAGGACUACACCAGGGCUAGAUCAGGACUACACCAGAACUACACCAAGGCUACACUAGAACCACGCCAGGACCACACCAGGUCUAUAUCAGCAUUACACCAGGACUAUAUUAGGACUGCAUCAGGACUACACCAAGACUAUAUCAGAACUACACCGGAAAUACACCGGGACUAGAUCAAGACUACACCAAGACUAUAUUAGGACUACACCAGGACUACACCAGGACUAUAUGCAUGGCCAGACCACGUCUAAAUAAAGAGUAAACUGGAAGAUAAUCAUGGCAUUUGAUAAAACAUGAAAAAACAACACUACUCUCAAAACUAAACAAGUCCUUAGCCUGGAAUAAACUAGAACUAGACUAAACUGGUCUAGACACAAUAUGGACUUUUCUAACUCGCUCUUAAAACAACACAAAUACCUCCACAAGCAACGACAAAUCUACAGUUAAAAAAAAAAGUUGGGACACUAGUUUGGCCUUUUGGAAAUGAUAAAAUACCUUUCAUUAAAGCAACACUGUGUAACUUUCUGGAGCUGCUUUCUCUUUUCCUUGCGAAUAGAAAGUUAAAACCAUACUUUAUGUCAUACUGUGGAAUAUUAUAGCCAAAGGAACAACAAUAGGACACAUGUUUUUGGGGUUUUCCAGUGUACAAAAAAACUAAAUCCUGCUUUUAUUUUUGCCUAUUUUUCGCUAAAAAGUUACACAGUGAGGCUUUAACAUGAACAGCUUUAUGGAAAUACAGUGGAAAUGUCCAAAUGACUACUAAAUAACUAUCAGUAAUGUGGCCUAACUUUUUAAAAACUUAAACUCUGCAUGUUUACCUGAAGAUUUUUUUGAUAAUACUUAAGUUUAGGGACCACAUAUUAAUAGCUAACUAGGUGGGUUGAUAAUUAGCUGUUACUUAGCUAUUACUUGGCAUUAAUUAAACACUUAUUAAUGCUUAUUAAGAUUCCAGUGUAUGCGCAAACAUCUAUUGUAAUUUCCACUACUUUAAUGGGAAGAAAAUAGUUAUUAAUGGAUUAGUACUUGCAAAAUACAGCCUUAAACAAAAAUGCAUGGAGGAAAGUACUUUAUAAAUACUAAUAAAGAUGUACCGUAUUUUGCGCACUAUAAGGCGCUCUGGAUUAUUGAAUGAAUGGUCUAUUUUCAGACUUUUUUCACAUAUAAACCGCACCGGACUGUAAGGCGCAUUAAACAAAACACAACGGUUAGAUAAGUCAGUCAAACUUUAUUUAACUCGUUCACAAUAACUCUCAACUUUGUUCAAUUGUAAUGCGCAAAAAAAAAUACUGUCUGAGACACUAAAUUGUUAGUGUAUUCACAGUAACUCAUAAUUGUUCAAACAGUUGGGUGAUUAUGGCGUUCAGCUCGCCCACAUCCCUCUCGUCAUUAUCCAAGUCAGUGUGGUUAAUGUUCCCUGGCAGUUCAGUGAUGAUUCUGGUCUUGGUGAAAGCUCGGACCACAGUUGAUACUGAUCCUUAGCCCAGGCGUCCACGAUCCGUUGGCAGAUCGUGGGGUAAGUCGCUCGGCGCUCUCUGUCUUGGUGAAUGUGUGUUCUCCUUCUCUCAUCCACUGCUCCCACGCAGCUCGCACUUUCACUUUAUUUCAGUUUGAGUUGAGUUUAAAGUGGGCGCUGUAAGCGUCUCUUGACAGGUGCAUUUUGAUAUUAAAAGGAAUCACAGUAUGUAUUACUCCGCGAUGCUCCUGACUAUGGGAGCCGUAAUGCUGCAAGUGCGGCUUUGUAGUUUACUAAAGUCGAACUAAGACACCCGAAUAAAUUCAUAUAUAAGGCGCUCUUGGAUUAUAAGGCGCACAGUCAUUUUUGGAUGAAAUUAAAGGCUUUUAAGUGCACCCUAUAGUGCGGAAAAUACGGUAAUUAAGCACUUAUUAUGCAUUUUACUAUUAACUAGCUAUUAAUAUGUUGUUCCUAAGCUAAAGCAUUAACAUUUUUUUGUUUUUACUCUACAUUUUUAUUUUAUUUAUUUACAUUUUUAAUACUUGUUGUUGGCAGUUUUUUUUUUUUUUUGCUGUCUUAACCAAUCAAAAUCUUAAUAGCCCUAGAAUUAAAUGAAAUAUUAAAGAGUAAUUUGUGGAAAAUUACAAAUAGAUUAUAAAAAGCUAAUCCAAAUAUAGUAAAGUGCCAAUUAUUAUACUAAAAGCCAAGUAACUUAAGUACAUUUUUUAUGUUGCACUUUUUAAAUGUAAAUGUUUAUAUGACCUUUUAAAUGCUGCUUCAAAAAACAGCUUCAGUUUUUUAUAUUGUUCAGCACAAUCAAAAGCCUUAUUGAUUCUCAACUGUUUUGAAUACAAUGCUUUUUCUGGUUAUGGUGCUGGGAUAUUUCUUGUUUUUAUUACUUCUUAACAAUAAUAUUUGCUGUAAUAUUUGACCUUGUAUCCUCUAUGACUGAUGACCAGCACUGUGGAGCUUAAACUCUCAAAAUAUGUGCUUGUUUACAUUAGAAAUAAUAAUAUUGAAUGAAAAACUCCACACCGUAAGUAUUAACUUUUAAAUGUUUUAUAAAGGGCUCAUAUUCCGCUGUUUUCUGAUUUGUUAUAAUGUUGUUUCCUUGUCAAAAACAUACGUGAAGUUGUAUUUGUUUUGUUUCUUUCACACGUGUUUAACUCACAAGUCCUGCAUUUUUAGGUUGUGUUUAUGUUUUCUCUCAAACAGAAAUCACUCUGUUCCAACUUGUGAUGCCAUGAAGUGCUCCACUAUCGAUAUAUCGUAUCGUUUAAUUUGAUGAUACAGUAUCGAUAUCGUGAGCUGCUGUAUCGAUAUAUCGCCAAGAGUAAUUUUUGUUAUAUUUUACUAAAUUAUUUUGUGUAAAAGCUACAAAAGUGUUGACAUUUACACUGUUUUGAUAAGUAAAAUUUGUGUUUUUCAUAUUAACUUCGCACAAACUUAGUGGACUUUCAGUAUCACAGCCAUGAUCAAGCCUUUUUUUCACUGAACUGUGUCGAAUCAGUGUGAAAUAUAUCAUAUUGAAUCAAAAGCUCAUUGUAUUGAGAAGUGUAUCGUAUGUAUCGAAGUAUGUAUCGUAUCGACAACUUCUUAAUGAUACCCAGCCCUAGUGUUUUUAAACAUCACUACGAUUUCCCAAUCUUUACUCACCAAAAAAUAAAAGGCAGCUUGUUGUCAAGAAACGGUAAUUUUCAAGUUGUCACAAGUUAAAACAGCCCUUUGGAGAUGACAGACUAAUAAAAAACUUUUUAAAAAAUGAAACGUGUGAAUGAAAAAAGUAUCUCCAGGUAUGUUUCUGAUGAGGUAACAUUAUUAUAACAUGACUUAAAUCUCUCAAGUGUCCAUUUCGCAUAAUAUAAGACUUUUACAUGUUUUUUGUCUGCACUGUUAUUACUGUUAUGGCAUUGCAUUGUCCUGUUUUACAUAAGGCGUCUAAAUGAGCUGUUAUGUCGCCGAUAUACAAUCUAUUGUAAAGGCAAAUUUAAAAUGACUAGAAUUUUGUAAAAUACUGCUCUUAAAAUGAAAUGUGAUUUUCAGAAAUAUUGUAUGGCGUCAAAUGUUUUAUAAAGAUAAUAAAUAUUAACAGUACUUAAA